AUGUCUUCUCUCAAGGCUGUCAAGUACACUCGGGGCCAACUCCAGGUCCUCGAUCAACUCCGUCUUCCUCACGAAUUUCACUACGAUGAUGUCUCCAACAGAACAGAGGCCUUUGACAGCAUCGCUACUAUGCGAGUGCGAGGUGCCCCAGCUAUUGCCAUCGUAGCAGCCCUUGGUCUGGCUGUUGAACUCCACAAUGGAAGUAUCACAGCUUCAAACGCUGAAGAUACCAUCUCUCAAAUCGAGGAAGCUCUCGACUAUCUCAAAGAAAGCCGACCUACAGCUGUCGACUUGACCAACGCUAUUAACCAGCUCAAGUCCACAAUAAGGGCGGUUGGAAGCACUGCUACCAAGGAGCAGGUUAUCAUAGCUUUCAUCGAAGAGGCUGAGAAGAUCUUUGAGAAGGAUCUCCAGACCAACCUUUCCAUUGGUGACCAUGGAGCUGAGUGGCUGCGUGCCCAAGCUGGUGCUUCUCCUGACCAGAAGAUCUCGGUCCUCACACACUGCAAUACUGGUUCCCUCGCUACAUCUGGCCACGGCACUGCACUGGGCAUAAUUCGCACUCUUCAGUCCAAGGAUCUUCUCCAGCACGCUUUCUGCACAGAGACUCGACCUUACAACCAAGGAAGCAGACUCACUGCCUUUGAGCUUGUCUUCGAGAACAUUCCCAGCACACUCAUCACUGACUCCAUGGCUGCUUCACUCUUCCGCAACCGCAAGCAAGAAAAGAACAUUGCCGCUGUCAUUGUCGGUGCUGACCGUGUCGUUCGCAAUGGCGACACAGCUAACAAGAUUGGUACUUACCAACUUGCUGUUCUGGCCAAGCACCACGGUAUCAAGUUCAUUGUCGCUGCUCCCACAACCAGCAUUGACCUUGAGACUGAGACUGGCGAUGGUAUCAAGAUUGAGGAGAGAAAGAAGGAGGAGCUUACACAGGUCACAGGAGCUGUGAUCAAGCCUGAUGGUACCGUCGAUGAGAGCAGCAAGGUCCGCGUUGCUACCGCUGAUCAGCGAAUCAACGUGUGGAACCCUGCCUUCGACGUCACUCCCGCCGAGCUCAUCGACGCAGUGGUCACAGAGAAGGGCGCCAUUGAGAAGGGACCCGAUGGCAACUUUGACUUUAGCAAGAUCCUGCCUGAGCGCUGGGCCAAGAUCACUGGUGCAUAA